GUAACCAUCCAUGAAGUCCAGGCUACCCAUAUGGAGUCUACAAGCACGGAAAAUGUCCACGACUACCCUGCGUGAGCAGAAAGAUUCGCUACGAAAGCGCAUCCGGGAUGAACUCAAGCAGCUCAGCCCACGUGAGAUAGAAAGACAGUCAACUGUUGUCACAAAUCAUGUUUUGCAGACACCAGCAUAUCAUGAUGCAAAAGCCAUAGCAAUAUUCCUUUCCAUGCCCGGCAAAGAAAUCUCAACCCGAGAUAUUGUCCUACAUUCGCUGGAUAAUGGCAAGGCUGUCUUCGUGCCCUAUUUGCACCCGGGCACAGAUUCGAAGUCCAGAGUCAUGGACAUGCUGCAGUUGCAAGACAAGCAUGAUUUUGAAACACUGAAGCCAGACAGCUGGGGGAUUCCGUCCCUGUCCAAAGACUCUGAGGGUGUGCGAAGGAAUGCUUUAGGCGGAUUUGGAAUCUCGAGUAUACGUGACCAGAAGGAACCUCCAGUGCUUGAUCUCAUAUUCGUGCCCGCGGUGGCUUUCGAUCAGUCUCAUCGACGUCUUGGCCAUGGCAAGGGUUUCUAUGACCGCUAUCUCGAAAAAUAUAAGAACGCUCUUGAUUCAAGCCAAGCUACACAACAAAUGCCGUACCUUGUUGGUCUUGCUCUUGCUCAGCAGAAUCUGCCCGGCAAGGAAGAGAUCCCUGUAGAUCAAAGCGACUGGUUGAUUGACGAGGUUAUCACAGCCGGCAAAACGGACGUGGUAUGA